AUGAUUAGAAACUUGCUGGAACAUGAGGUAUCCCCGGAUGAGGAUUGUCACCAAAGAGUGUCUGUGGACCUAAUCUUGCAUCUCUCACUCAUACCAGCAGUGUUGAUUGCAGGGGUGCUGUCAUUCCUUCAGAAACGAGCCCAGAGGCUGGCCAUUGACGACAGACUGCCUUUCCUAGAUCGACGUUUUGCUAUAGUUGUCCCUUUGGAUACUGUAGGCAGCCUCAGUAAUCGUUGGUCUUAUGGCUUUGCCUUUGGGGCCGUAUCAAGCAGCGUCUUGCUCCUGUUCUCUGAAAGCUACGUCCCGUUCACUGUUCCAUCCUGGGCCAGAGCUUUUGUGUACCUGAUUGGAGCUUUAGAAGUGGGCUUGGUGUAUUUCCCUUUCUUUGCCUGUCUGUCCACACCAUUCAGAAUGACAGGGGCAGUGCUGGGAAUACUCUACUCUCUAUUUUGGAUAGGAAUUACAGCCUGGGAAACAGUCACUUGUCCCAGUGGUAAGAUACUGGGUAAAUACCAGAAGGUGAUUUCCCAGUGGCCCCGUAUGCUCUCCCUCAUCUUCCUCUUCGGGCGAUUUAUUUACAUCCUGGUCAAAGCUAUUCGAAUACGCCUGCACAUGGAACAAGAGGACUCUGCAGAGCUAACUGAGCAACACCAGGUUCAGCAUGUUAAGAGACUGCUGCGAAAGACACCCGGACAUAGUAUGCCACUUACCUGGUUCCAAAGGAGAGUUUAUGAGUGGGACCCCUACUUCAAGUUUCCCAGCAGAAUCAUUGGCACUGUUGUAAUAUCCCUAAUAGGCCUAUAUACGAUGACACUAGCAGACUACAGUGUCAGUAGUUCUACUUUUGACAAAAUUGAAACUUGGAAAAAUACACUGAAAGAUGUGGCUACUGCAUGUAACGAGACAGAAUCCCUGGGAUACAUGGUACCACAGCUGGAAGAAUUUAUCGUCGUGGCCAGGAAAUCCUGGCUAGCCACUACCAUCUUUGCCAGUCUUAACUCUGUUGCCUACACCUUCCAUGUUUUGGCAUGUUACAGGAAACACUUAAGGAGGCUCUGGAAAGGACAGAAAGUCUUUCUUCCUGAGAAGUUUCAUAAGCCUAGAUCUGCUACGAGUGUGGCUUCCAUUGCAAGAUACUCGGGCUGGCAAAUCGCUUUCACACUUUGGGGCUACCUGAUUGUCCAUUUUGUCCACUUCCUGUUUGCUUUGCUGAUUGCUUACGUGGUGGUUCUUCCUAUAAUGAAUGGAAAAGUGCUUAGCAUGCUCUCCACACUGGGAACUAUAUUUCUGACCAUCUGCAUUGUAAUUAGCCUGGUGAUUCUUCAAAUAAUUUUGGUUCAGAUCUUCUUCCUUCAGAACAAAAUAGAUGCCACAGACAAAGAGAAACCUCUAGCCCUCAACAACAGGAAGGCAUUUCACUGCUUCAACUACUUCUUCUUUUUCUACAACGUGGUUAUGGGGAUGACCACCUGCAUACUGAGGCUUCUUUUAAGCAUUGUGGUGGGAACAUGGUUGGUGUCUCGCAUAGACCGAACUAUUAUGCAGAGGGGGUAUGAGAACAUGGAUGCUGGCUACACUACAUGGAUUGGGAUGAUCUUUGCUGACCAUUAUCACAACAACCCAGUCAUGGUAUCUUUCUGUCAGAUGCUGGUGUCAAGUAAGCUGCAGAGACACAAUUCAUCUGCUUACUCCACAUUCGACAAUAAUGUGUCAGAACCCCCUGUGAACAGUCGGACCAGGAGGCGUUGGGCUUUGCUUUACACAUUACUAAGGAACCCUCCCCUGAUCAUGCUAAGAAAGCACCACCUCUCCUCAUCAUCUCCCCCAGCAGACACAGUGCUGCAGGCUUGGAUUUUGGCAUCUCAAACACAGAGGCAACAGUUAUCGUCAGAGCUGCCACCAGAGAUCAAAUUGCCACCAGAAGAAGACUGUUAAUAACACAUUUGAUUCUGGUUCUUUAAAAAAAUAUAAGCUGAAAUCCAAUGAAUGACGAAGACCUUUAAUGGAGACUUGUUAUAAAGCAGAAGGAAGUUUUUCAGCACUACCAUCUGACUAACCUAGAUAAUCUCA